GGACGUAGCUCGGUGUGGUGAAGAGAACAAGGAGCGCAGAAACCUUGGUGACGCAGGCAAACUCGGCGCCGCUUUGAUUGGAAGUGAAUUGUUAUAUUUUAGGAGUAUCUUUUAUUCUAUAUAUUUAUUAUUUUAACAGCGUGUCGUGACACUUGCAGAGUCCAUUUUUUUAAGGAGCAGUUGUGACAUGCGCUUCCUAGACUCACCCUGGCGUCUUUGACUCCCUUCGUAUCUUCAUGACAAGUUGCUUUGACGUUAGCAUAGCCAGCUAGCACCAGUGUCAGUUCACUAUAUAUAUAUAUUUUUCAACAGAAAUUUGACUGUAGGAACAUCUCCGAAGCCAUGACUAACAGAGAAGAGGAAUAUGACUAUCUUUUCAAAGUGGUGCUAAUCGGAGACUCUGGAGUCGGGAAGAGCAACCUGCUCUCCCGCUUCACACGUAACGAGUUCAACCUGGAGAGCAAGAGCACCAUCGGCGUGGAGUUCGCCACUCGCAGCAUUCACGUAGAGGGCAAGACGAUCAAAGCCCAGAUCUGGGAUACUGCAGGCCAGGAGCGAUACCGUGCCAUCACCUCGGCAUAUUACCGCGGCGCCGUCGGUGCUCUUCUGGUGUACGACAUCGCGAAGCACUUGACAUACGAAAACGCCGAGCGCUGGCUGAAGGAGCUGCAGGACCACGCCGACAGCAACAUUGUCAUCAUGCUGGUCGGCAACAAGAGCGACCUGCGUCACCUACGAGCCGUGCCUACGGACGAGGCCAAGGCGUUCGCAGAAAAACACGGGCUUUCCUUCCUCGAGACUUCUGCUUUGGACUCCUCUAACGUAGAGCUCGCUUUCCAGACCAUUCUCACAGCAAUCUACCGCAUCGUAUCCCAGAGGCAAAUUUCCGGGCGCGGCGACGCCGACUUCUCCCCCAACUCUAAAGUGGUGCCCAUCACAGUGCAGCCCACACAGAGCUCGGCCAAGCAAAGCGCCUGCUGCCAGAGCAACUAAACAGCCACCGUAGCACAAUGGGAUUAUGGGUAAAAACCGACAUAAGGCAGGCCGAGGGGGUUUGCAAAGUUUGUUUGUCAAGCACAUUAAGACCCCCCCAACCAACCACCCCCCCUUCUUUCUCCCCUUUAAUAACACAUGCAGUAGGCUUUAUCAGCUAAGCCCUUAUUCAACAAGUUAAGCUUUAACAUAGGGACAGGGGUGAAAAGAAAGAAUGUUUUUCUUUUUUGUUGUUGUUUUUGUUUUUUCCUCCACAGACUGAUUUUAAUGUUCUUUAUUUUUUACACUAUUUAGAACCAGCACCAGGAGACUAUUUACGUCUCUGCACGUAACAAUUUACACCACCAGCUAGUGCUCAGAAUGAGCUGCAGCAUGUGCAGAAGGAAUGAGGAUGCUACCAUGACAUGAAAUGUCUAUUUUAACCACUACACACUGGGUCUAAUUUUUAUUAAACAGUCUCCUGGAGGAAGCUUUCUUCCUGCGUCUGCACCCCCCCGAUCCUUGAAAGGAAAAAAAAAGAAACUACUACAUCCCUAUGUCUGCUGCGUCUGCCUGUAUUGUUGAUUUGUAUGAUGACUCAACAAGCGAAAGAAUCCCUCUAUUUAUUUGAUACAUUAAAAUAUCCGAGAUGACCCUGUUGAGAUUACAUCCCGAUAGCCUGUGGAUUUUUUUAGCAUUGUUUUAUUUAGAUGGUGUUUGUUGGUCUGUUGAUGACAUUUAAGGGUUUAUUACUGUAUUCUCUCCAGGGUGAGUAAAGCGUCAAAAGUGAA